AUGGUUAUGGCCUCCCCAAGUCAGCCCCGGAGGCAGCAGUUCUGGCCUGGUCGGGCCUCUCCCACCCUCAGGGCCUCUGUGACCCUGGAGGACGUGGCGGUGACCUUCAAUGCUGAGGAGUGGGCUCUGCUGGAUCCUUCCCAGAAGAAGCUGUACAAGGAUGUGAUGCUGGAGACCAUGUGGAGCCUGGCCUGCGUGGAUGAAGUAAGAAGACACGGAGACAAGAAUGUUGCAGAUGCUUUUAAAACAAGUGAAAAUAUGAGAGAUCAAGUGUUUGAGAGAGUCUUUGUACAUGAAGAAAAUGGAACUCAAAGUGAAAAAUUCAUCACGCACAUCCGACUGGUAUCCAGAAGGAUUUUGGGGAGGAAGUUGGGUGAAAACGGGAGGUAUGGCUCCCCCCUGUCUGCUCCGACAUUGCCCAGCCUGCCCCUCCCCACUCCCACAACACAGAAACAUCAGAAACCCAAACAAACUGCCUCCAGAAAGAAGCAAGAUGAAGGUGCGCAAAGUGGGAAAGCUUCCCAGAGUCACAAUGACGUCCAAAUCUAUGUGAAAAUUGACACGGGUGGAAAGGCACGUGGAUCUGAGCAACCUGGGAAAGACUCUGCCUCUCCUUCCACGAGCACCUCUGCUCAGGGAAAGACCAGCACGGGCCCCAAACCAUAUAUGUGCAAGGAGUGUGGAAAAUCCUUCUCGUUCUUGAGUAGCAUCCGGCGACACAUCAGGGCCCACACGGGAGAGAAGCCCUAUGGGUGUGAGCAGUGCGGGAAAGCCUUCAGCUACCUGACCAACUUCCAGCAACAUAAGCGAACUCACACUGGCGAGAAACCCUAUGUGUGCAAGCAGUGUGGAAAAGCCUUUGCCUACUACAACUCCUAUCAGCAGCAUAACCGGACUCACACGGGAGAGAGACCCUAUGUGUGUAAGAUGUGCGGGAAGGAGUUCACCAGCCGUACGUCCCUGCGCUACCACGAAAGUGUCCACACAGGAAAGAAACCCUAUGUGUGCAAGCAGUGUGGGAAAGCCUUUCCCUGCACCAGCUCCAUCCGCAGGCACAGCAUGAUUCACACUGGCGAGAAGCCCUUCCUGUGUAAACACUGUGGGAAAGGCUUUAUCUCCUCCAGUUCCUUCCGCAUCCACGAGCGCAUUCACACGGGCGAGAAGCCAUUCAUGUGCAAGCAGUGUGGCAAAGGUUUUGUGGGUCACAGCUCCCUUCAAUGUCAUGAGAGGAUCCACACGGGGGACAAACCCUAUGUGUGUGAGCAGUGUGGCAAAGCCUUUUCUUCCCUGAGCAAUUUUCGAAGGCACAAGCAGAUUCACACAGGCGAGAAGCCCUAUGUGUGCAAGCAAUGUGGGAAAUCGUACCCCUAUUAUGGUUCCCUCCAGAGGCAUGAAAAGAGCCACACUGGAAAGAAGCUUUAUGUGUGUGAGCAGUGUGGGAAAACCUUUACUCUUUGCAGGGCAUUUCAAGAACACCAAAAAAUUCACACUGGAGAGAAGCCCUAUGGAUGGCGCCAUGCUGUCCUCCUGGCCUGCAGCUCACCGUGGCACUACCAGGAAGCAGGCCCAAGCUCCCAGAGCUAUCUCCGAGGAUAUGGCAGCGACCGGACUCUCAUGGAGGAGCCAACGCCCACUGCUUUCGCUGGUGAUCGGAUACUUCUUACCGCCACAAGAAGGCCCUACCCGUCGCGGAAGCUCGUGAUUAGACAGUUCUUAAAGCCAUCAAGUAGGCCCCGCCCACCACCCGGGUGA